GAUGAGCGCAUUCUUCAUCUUCUAAAUGGCGUCCGUUCACCUCUAGAGAAUUGAUCAAGAUAGUUACUCUCGAGAUAGAUACGGAUAUGGCUCAGAAGAUCAUCUUCCACGGUACAAGGGCGAGGAGGCUAACUCCGCUAUUUCCGUUGAUGACAAUGCGGGGUACAAAAUGAUCACAUAUAAUCACAUAGCAGCGUCCCUUUAUCCUCCCUGGUUCCUUCUGUCAGGCUCAAUCAACAGGAUCGACACAAUGGCUGCCAUCAUCCAACCCCAGAAAUCCGCCCUCAUCACCGGCGCAGCAUCCGGCGUCGGCUUCGCGAUCGCCAGACUCUGCCGCUCCAAAGGCAUGCACUUGGCGCUCCUCGAUAUCGACACCGCCAAUCUGGAAAAAGCCAAAAGCGAGUUGUCUGCUCUCGACUCCUCCGUGAAAACAGAGGUUUACACCAUCAACGUUGGUAACCGGGACGCCUGGAAGGAUAUCGCGAGACAGAUCCGCUCGACAUUCAACGACCUCGAUCUUGUCGUUCUCAAUGCCGGAAAAUCAUACAAAGCGGGGAGUGAGCUGGCAGGACGGCUGAAACCAUGGGCUGACGCUGAAUACUGGAAGAAGACAUUCGACACCAACGUCUUCGGCCCUCUGAACGGACUCGAAACGCUCCUUCCGCUGCUAACCAGCUCAUCGCCAACUCCCAAAUCGAUCGUCAUCACCGGCUCCAAGCAAGGCAUCACGAACCCGCCCGGAGCCGCCAACCCGGCGUACAACGCCUCCAAGGCAGCCAUCAAGAAUCUGACCGAGCAUCUGGCCCAUGAUCUGCGGUCGGAUCCCGCCACGGCUCAUAUCUCGGUGCACCUGCUGAUUCCCGGGUGGACAUGGACAGGCCUUAUGGGGAAUGUCGGGCCUACGGACGAGAGUAACAUCAAGAAGAUGGAGGGGGCGUGGUUUCCUAGUCAGGUUGCGGAGGAGCUGGUCAAGGGAAUGGAGAGGGGGUCGUUCUACAUCGUCUGUCCCGAUAAUGAGACGGACAGGGCUCUGGACCAGGCGAGGAUGCAGUGGGCGAGUGAUGAUGUGGUUGAGGAUCGGCCUGCGUUGUCUCGAUGGGAGGACAAGUGGAAGGGGAGAGCGGAGGAGGAGAUUCAGAGUGAGGCUAAGAGGAGAAGGGAUGCUUGAUGCUGUCCGGUAAUAGUGAAGUAUGCUGAUCUGUUAGCUAACUAUAGAUGGGUUUGAUUUGCUGAUUUAUCUUACUGGUCGACAAGAGUGUCCUGCAGCGAAGGAUGAGUAUAUAAUGCCGGCAGUUGUGAC